ACGCCUCCCACUCUCAUUAACCAAGCAAAGAACCAAUUUUGACACUGAUCAUUCACAUCCUAUUAACAAAUAUGCAGCUUCGUGAGACCGACCCCAACUUUGAGAGCGAGCUCUUCGAACAGGCAAAAGCAGCGUUCAACUCAAAGUUUGGAGUUUUCCAAUAUUUCCUCCCACUGCCGCUGCUCCUCGUAGAUCAAGAUGCAGAGGUACAACUGUCGUGCCAUGAGCCCGCUGAGGAAACAAUCGCCUUCACCACCAAAGUGUCAGCGCGCAUCCAUGCCCUGUAUGAGCAGUUGGCUGCCGCCUAUAACGAAGUCGAGGAUCCGCCAGCCCGCAUCAGCAUGAAGCUCGAGAUCGAGCGGCAGAAAUUUGACCCAGACGAGCCAGAUUGCGAUCAUCGCAGGUAUCAUUCGCGCCGUCUGCAGCUGCAAGACCCCGAGACACUGCCAGAUCUCCCAUUUAUCAGUAGCCUGACCGUCCGGUCAAUUCCCGGCUCCAAUGUCGAAACCGCGGCAGACAUACGCCCUCUGUCUUCCCUGGUGCCGCUGCAGUGCCUCGUCCACUUGCCAGCUGUUCAAGAGUGGAAUGCUCCUUGGUUGUGGGAGCGGCCCAUGCCCUCCAGUAUGCCGAAUAGGGUGUUGCGCGAGCACUACACCUGGCCGUUUGAGGGUCCCCUGAGAGACGCCCGCCACGAGUUCGGCGCUGCCAUCAUAGACCAGGAGAAGCACCUCUGCGGAAAGAGGAUCCCUACCAGCCUGACCAGGGCCGCACUGCACUUCUGGCCUUUCUUCAAUUUCCCCAGGCAUGAUCAGUCUGUUGCGCGCCCAAACUUGAUCCAUCCCGCGGAUAAAGACCCAGUGUCUUUGGGUCUUUUCAAGCUUGGUGCACAGCUAACGCUAUUUGACGUGCGUGCUGUGGUCACUCCAGACUUGUUUCCCACUCCCGAGGCAUCAUCCGACCAGCAGUGGUCACAGAUGCGGCAAUUCCGGCUCGAAUUCCAUGCCCUCCGUCCAGACGGGCGGUGGUACUUUGUUGGUCCUGGUGGCGAGGAUCCAUAUGACUCUGAACAAGGAGGGUAUAAGAUUUCAGACACAGAACACUAUCCCCGUGACACAGACACGGACGAGGACAUGGAACUUCAUGAUGAGUACAACGACAACCUCGGUGAGGCUUACGAUGAUGGUUUCAAUCUAAACAUGUUCCGCGUUGAACCAUGCAGGGAGCGAAUCGAGCCUCUACUCGCCGCGUUUGCAAAGUCUCUAGCUCGCGACAACAUGCCCCACCUUGAGGACGCCGAGAUCUUCACGCACCUGUGGUGGGCACCUUCAGACGACAUAGAAGCAAAGGGAUAUGAUCUACCGAUGAAGAAAGGCCACAAAUGGGGUGUCAAGUUUAUUGCUGGGCGUGGUAGUAAGAAGCAGAAGCGCGAUGAUGCUGCAGCUGCGGCACCUUCAUCACCAGUAGUGCAGUGGCAGGUGGGUGACUGGAGACCCAGCGAAGAGGUCCUGAGUCUGUUCGAAAGCCUGGGACCGCAAGAGUGGCUUGAUUUCGAGUGGAACAAGUAUAGAGACACGAUGGCACGCGACUUGCUUGGGAACAUUCAGUCCAACGCUAUAUAGUUAAUUGGGCAGCCAGAAUCCUUUUGUACAGGUAUGUGGGGUUUCUAAAAACAGAUGUUCUAAUUCUUGUUUACAAAUAGCUGGCUGGAUAUGCGAUCGCAGUACUAGAUAUGUAAUUGCAGUAGUAGAAAGGUUGGAGAUGUAUGCUUGUUAGCAUUAAGGCAUCCUAAAUAGAUUUACACAUGGUAGUUUAGAGAAACAAGUCAUGUGUGCCCC